AUGUUCAGGGUUGUCGGAAACUUAGGGUUGAAACAAAGCAUAAGAUAUGGGUUCAAUCCUGCCAUUAGAAGAGCAUAUAGCAAUAGUGCGAAUGUGAAAGAGCCUACUGGGUUGAAAAAGCUCAUCAAACAGUAUGGAUGGUCUGCUCUAGGGGUUUAUUUGGGUCUUUCGUGUAUUGACUUGCCUAUAUGUUUCUUUGCAGUGCAUUCGCUGGGUGAAGAAACGAUCAAAGUGUACAUCAAUCGGGUCAAGCAGCUUGCGGAUUUUGGCAAGGAUGAAGAGGAAUUGAGGCAGGAGAUCAAGGAGAAACAGCGGAAAGAUGAAGAGAACAGACAGCUGGGGAUCCAAGACAAGUCUACCUGGGAACGAGUGAAGGAGAGCACGCUUUUAACUGAAUUUUUGAUUGCUUACGGAAUCCACAAAUCGUUAAUCUUUAUCAGAGUGCCAAUCACAGCAGCAGUGACGCCUAGUGUGGUGAAAUUCAUGCGUAGGUUUGGCUUUUCAGCUGAGAAGUUCAAUAAGGGGUUCAAGACGAUGGCUGAUGGUGCCAAGGUGAGAAACAAGAGUGGUAAACCAGACGAUUUUAUAAAGAACGGUUCUUUGCCAAAAUCCGAAGCAUCGAAAGGCCGGAAAUGGUUCGAUGGGAUGAUGUGA